UUGCCCCCUCCCUCUUGGGACUUGAAUUGGGUACCCUGAUAGAGGAGGGGGACACACUCCAGGACCAAGUCGACAAACCCCAGAGGCUGCUGCCCUAGUCUUCCCUCCUGCUCCCCCUCCCUUCCUCUCCUCCCUCCCUCCCUUUCCCUCCUCCUCCCCCCCCCCCAGGCUGGCGUGCCAGGGGGUGGGACAUGCCACUCACUGGCUGUGCCUCUCCCGCUGCCAGCACAGGGCGCAGCUCCCCCCGGGAGCCAGGUGUUUGAGUCCCUGGAGACGCCGCCGGCCCCCGGGGAGGCAGUGAGGUUGAGGACCCUCCAGACCCUUCUCCAAGCCCAUGGUGAUGACCUCCCCCUAAGGAAGCCCCGCAGCGCACCUGGAGGACGGGGCUGCCUCCCAGCCCCACCUGACCACCAUGAACACCUCGGCCCCACCCGCUGUCAGCCCCAACAUCACCGUGCUGGCACCAGGAAAGGGUCCCUGGCAAGUGGCCUUCAUUGGGAUCACCACGGGCCUCCUGUCACUGGCUACCGUGACAGGCAACUUGCUGGUCCUCAUCUCCUUCAAGGUCAACACGGAGCUCAAGACAGUCAACAACUACUUCCUGCUGAGCCUGGCCUGCGCCGACCUCAUCAUCGGCACCUUCUCCAUGAACCUCUACACCACGUACCUGCUCAUGGGCCACUGGGCUCUGGGCACACUGGCCUGUGACCUCUGGCUGGCCCUGGACUACGUGGCCAGCAACGCCUCCGUCAUGAACCUGCUGCUCAUCAGCUUUGACCGCUACUUCUCCGUGACCCGGCCCCUGAGUUACCGCGCCAAGCGCACGCCCCGCCGGGCGGCCCUGAUGAUCGGCCUGGCCUGGCUGGUUUCCUUCGUCCUCUGGGCCCCAGCCAUCCUCUUCUGGCAGUACCUGGUGGGCGAGAGGACGGUGCUGGCCGGGCAGUGCUACAUCCAGUUCCUCUCCCAGCCCAUCAUCACCUUCGGCACCGCCAUGGCCGCCUUCUACCUCCCUGUCACGGUCAUGUGCACGCUCUACUGGCGCAUCUACCGGGAGACGGAGAACCGGGCCCGGGAGCUGGCGGCCCUGCAGGGCUCGGAGACACCAGGCAAGGGGGGAGGCAGCAGCAGCAGCUCGGAGCGGUCCCAGCCGGGGGCGGAGGGCUCGCCGGAGACCCCGCCGGGGCGCUGCUGUCGCUGCUGCCGGGCCCCCCGGCUGCUGCAGGCCUACAGCUGGAAGGAGGAAGAAGAGGAGGACGAAGGCUCCAUGGAGUCCCUCACGUCCUCGGAGGGCGAGGAGCCCGGCUCCGAGGUGGUCAUCAAGAUGCCCAUGGUGGACCCCGAGGCGCAGGCCCCCGCCAAGCAGCCCCCCAAGAGCUCCCCGAAUACGGUCAAGAGGCCAACCCGGAAAGGGCGGGAGCGAGCGGGCAAGGGCCCGAAGCCCAGGGGAAAGGAUCAGCUGGCUAAGCGGAAGACCUUCUCGCUGGUCAAGGAGAAGAAGGCGGCUCGGACCCUGAGCGCCAUCCUCCUGGCCUUCAUCCUCACCUGGACGCCAUACAACAUCAUGGUGCUGGUGUCCACCUUCUGCAGGGACUGCGUCCCCGAGACCCUGUGGGAGCUGGGCUACUGGCUGUGCUAUGUCAACAGCACCGUCAACCCCAUGUGCUACGCGCUCUGCAACAAGGCCUUCCGGGACACCUUCCGCCUGCUGCUGCUCUGCCGCUGGGACAAGAGACGCUGGCGCAAGAUCCCCCGGCGCCCGGGCUCCGUGCACCGCACCCCCUCCCGCCAGUGCUGACGGCCCCCUCGCCCGUGUCCCCCACCCCCAGCCCUGUCCCCGGGAGAGGCCGGUAGGAAGCGGGCAGGGACAGGGCGUCCUCGGCCGCCAGGGCCCCACCCUGCCCCGGCCUCAUUGGGCUUCCCGGGCCCCUCCGGGCCACCUUCCUGGACAGCCCAGAGAGACCCUGCCAACUUUCCAAACGUUGCAGUCUUCCCAGGCUGGGAGCGGAACCUGGGGAAACUGGUUUUUCUGUUCCCUGCUGGGUGGGAAUGGGCGCUUCACCAGGAAGAAGGCCCAGGAGGAGGAUCCGGGCUUGGGACUCCUUGUUUGUGUUUAGACAGGAAGGCCGCAGCCGUACGGACGGGCCAGGAUGAAGAAGGUUUAACUUGACAGCUGUCCUUGGCGCGGGGGCUGGCCUGGAUGGCUGCGGGGCAGGGCACCCCCUGGCGGCCACGGUGGGGAACUGACACCGAACCCUGGGAAAGGAACGCUUGGCUCAGGGGGCAUCCUCUGGCCCAGCAACCCCCCCCAUUCCUCAGCAGGCAGAGCCCGUUCCCUCAGGCCCUAAGCACACUCUCUGGGAUCGUCCUGUCUCCCUCCGAUUGCCCCAGCGCAUCCCUGUAUGGGUCACCCCAGAGGCAAAUGUCCAUGCAUCCACCGGACAAAUAACACCAGAGGGGAGCAGUUUGGCUAGUCACACAUCAAGUUCUGGGGCAGCAGCAGGACCUGGCGCCAGGCGUCCUGACUGCUCCACCAUGACGUUUCCCCGGGAGCAAGGGGGCAGAGUUGUCUGCGUCCAGCCCCACACCCAUACCCCCUGCCUCAGUCCCAACCUCCCUCCGUGCAAAUCUCGCCAGGCCCCCCGCAUGCUGCCUGCCUCCGGCCCACCCCACGCAGUCCUGGCCCAGCCAGCAGGCGCUCUCCCAUGAGCUCCCACUCCCACCCGUGCAUGGCCUCCCCUCCACCCUUAUCUCCAGGCCCGGCCUGGCCCCAAAUGUUCUUUUCUUCCGUCCUCAGCAAGUGCUGAGUCUGUGAAUAAAGCCACAUUAACCAGUGGGCA